CUCCUUGUCAGUGUCGCUGACCAUCAUUGAUUUGUUGGAAAGGUUCACACUUAGCAACAUAUAUAUUAGAGUUCUGGUGGCAUAAAGCUUCCUCCUGAAUCGUUGUAGAUAGAUAGACUGCACUAGCAUGCCACGUUGUCACCUGAUGCAUUCACUUUUGGAACAGGCGAGCACAAUAAGAAUGCCAUGACCACCAAAUCCACUGCACCAAGCCACACUAGCAUGAGAGGCCAAUUGUCACUGACAUGUGGGCCCCACACACCUAGACCCACAUGUCAUAGGAACCGGUUCCUCUUAGCUGACUGAAACCCAGCCCAAACUGGAUUAGGAGUAGGAUUCGCUCUACUCCAUGCAAUGCUCGCCUCUCUCCUACUACCACUACACUAGAGUAGCUCCACAAAGCUGCACCAAACCCUCCUCUACCUCGCUUCAAAAACCUUACCCCUCCCAUUGCCGAGCUCACCGCAUCUCACCAUGGCUUCCCUUGCCAUCCUCCUCCUCAUGGCGCGUUUCUCUGGCUCCAUCGCCAUAUCCUCCAACUACUACAUCUCAAGGAGCGCCGAGCAGCAGGUCAUCGCCACCGUUGCGCCGGCCGUUAUUCCUGACGCCGACGGCCAGAGCGCGCAGCCAUUCCUCACCUCGCCGUCCGGGUCAUACGCCGCGUACCUCGGCCGCGCCGUGGACAGCUCCGGUGGCCUCGGCGGGGACACGUGCUACGUCCAAAUCCAGCGGGCCGGCGGCGGCGGCGGCGGCAACAGCGUGUGGGAGUCGGACUGCACGCCGGUUGGCGGCGCCGACACGUGCGACCUGGCGUUCUCGCCGGUGGGGCUCGAGCUCUUCGCCGGCGGGCACUCGCUGUGGGACACCGGGGUCGACGCCGAUCCGGGGUUGCUGAGUCUUGACGACGGCGGCGACAUGAAGAUUGUUAGCAGGGAAGGUGUGACGGUGUGGACGGCGAGCGGCGAGCCCUGGACGGGGCAGCAGUGCGGGGCACCCUUGCCAGUGUCGUCGGCACCUUCGAUGGACGCGCUCCCACCGCCGUUGACUGCCAACACAAAACUCGUGACGCCGCCGGCAGCGACUCUUGCCGGUACGGGGAGCACGGACUUUUCUUUCGGAGACCAGCCGGCGCCGCCACCAUUUGACAUGUUGCCCGACUUGCCGGCCCAGCCGCCAGUUGACACGGCGCCCGAACAGCCACUGGCACCGCCUCCAGUAGACGCGUCACCCGACCUGUCGCUGGCACCCCCACCGGCUCACAUGUUUCCAGACCUGCCGGACCAGCCGCUGGCACCCCCGCCAACUGAAAUGUCACCGGACCAGCAGCUGUUCUCGUCGCCGCCACCUGCUCCGGCUGUCUUUGGCCCUCAAACGCCAAUGCCACCUUUUGGCAUGGCCCCACUCGCCGCCCCCGCGACCGGUGCCUCCGGCGAGACAUCACACGGCAUAGAAUUCCCGGGCACCGCCGCGCCACCUGGCGAACCAGGCUCACCAGGUGGCGUGCCCAUCUCGGCUUCAUCGCCUGUCGGCUUGCCGCACCAGCACGGGCCGCCGCAUCACGACCUGCCCUUCGGAGCCUCGCCACCGCUGCCUGACGCGCUGGCGCCGGCUGGCCAUGGCGCGGGAGCCGGGCUCCCCUUCGGCCAGGGGCAGCAGCAAAGGGGCCAAGGCGUGUUCGGCCAGCAGCAGCAGCUGCUGAACGGCGCGGGGCAGCGGUUGGAGGACAGCUCCGGCGGGUGGUCAAGAAGUGAGCGCGGCAGAGUGGCCGUGUGCGUGGCUUUGGCUGCUCUGAUGGCUCUUGGUUUUGGCUUCUAAUUUCUUUUCCUUUUGCUUUGGAGAUUGGCAUCUUAUUUCUGUUUUGUCGUUGGUUUGAUCCGGGUUUACGGCUUGUUCCUGCUGUUAAAUACUGUAGCAAUGUGUGUGUAAAACGUGUU